AUGCUAUCAUCUCAAUCAAGUAACAUUGUCUACGCAAAUAAUUCUUCACGGAAAACAACGCAUCCCACUAUCAUCGAUGGUGGAUCUGAAUCUGUAACAUCGAAACCACUGGCAACAUCGUCGAUAUUCCCCAACGGGACGACAGAUGCUUCAACAAAUUCAAGUAAUCAUCGUUCAAAUUUAUUUAUAGAUAGACCUUCAAUAGCAUCGGUACCUUUCAGUGCACAAGUUGUGAUAUCACCAACAGCUAUGUCAAAUGAAGAAAGCUCAGUGGCAUCUGCAUCAUCCUCAACUGAAAUACGGAUCGAAUCAGCAGACCAAGCAGUUGCACAAAUUCAAGGCGAUAAGUCUGAAGCUCAACAUGUCAUUGCUACUUAUGGUAUUGAUCCGGUUGAAUUAUUGCAUAUGGUCGAACGUUGGACACAACAAUUACUCGGUGAAUUUAAGUCAUUACAUCACCAUUUCAAACGUGUUUUAAAAGUAAAAUGGGAAAAACAAAAACUGACGAUAAAUUCUGAUCGCAAUAAUCGUGCAAGAGCACUUUAUCAGCAUGUUAGAGAUUUGGAACAGGCUAAACAAACUUGUCUCUCAAAAGAAUACUUCAAAGAAUUAAAUAUACUUGUAACAAAAAUUGAUCAGAGUACAAAUAUCAAUGAACUGACACAAAAAAUUAAUAAUUUAAUUGAAACAUUUCUCAAACUUAUCGAAUCGUUGGAAUUUAUUGAGCAGCAUCGAGAAGAAGAAAAUGGAACUAAUCUUUCAACAAUGAAGACAAUAUUACAACGAUUGCAAGAAUUAAACAACAAACAAAUUCAUAGAAUCUGUAUUAUCGGUUUAGAAAAAUGCGGUAAAUCGACAUUUAUCAAUGCUCUUCUCGGUUUUGAACUUUUGCCUACGAGUGAUGUGCGUUGUACACAAAUAUGUACGGUACUCAAACCACCACGACAAGACGAUUUAUCAUUAUUUGCAAUUGUUGAAUUUUAUAAUGAUAACGAGUUUCAAAUAUUAAUUCGCCAAAUGAUAAAGGGAAGUAAUGAACAAGAACAACAUUUUCAAAUACGUAAAACACAGAUAAUGGAGAAACAUCAACAAUUCAUGUCAAAGCAUCCAGAAAGAGAAGUCUGCAGAGUGAUUUCGAGUGAUCAGAACACUGAUAAUCAACGUGAUACAAUCAUUACACGUUUAAAAGAGUAUAUUACUAAUGAAAUAUAUGUUAAUAUUAUCAAAGAAAUUUCGAUUUAUACAAAUAGAUUACCAGGCAAAAAUUAUGAAUUAUUGGACGUUCCCGGUUUCGAUUCGCCUAUUAAAGAACAUCGUGAUGCUAGUUUAAAAGCCAUGAAGGAAGCAGAUGCUUUCCUCUUUCUUACCGAUGGUGAUCGUCCAAGUUUGCAACGAGAUCCACUACGUCUUUUAGAUGAAAUAAAAGACGGAAAUCAGCAUUAUGAAGCAAUGACACGUGUAUUUGGCAUCAUAACAAAACUUGAUAAAUGUCAUACUAAAGAUGAAUAUAAUAAACAUCUUAACAGUGCAAAACAGGAAUUAAUUAACAAAGGAUUUAGUGAAGAGCGUAUUUUUCCUGUUUGUUCAAUUAUAAAUCUUCUAGAUCGAAAUUCAGAAGAAUAUAAAAUAAUUAUUAAUAAAAUCAAAGAUUUCAAUAAUUUACAAAAUGGUUUUCAACAGAGUCGAGAAGCAUUGAAUAAAUUUAUUGAGUUUGAAUUACCAUCAACACAUUUAAAUCAAUUAAUUAAUUUAGGAAUUACUAAACUUAGUCGAUAUGUCAAUGAAAGUCUGUUGAAUGCAAAACAAUUUUUACCAUCAAAUUUCAAUUUUGCUGAUGAAACAUCGUUUGAUGAACAUAUUAAACAAGACAAUGAAAAAGAAUGGGAUCAAAUUUAUGAUGUUGAAUUUUUUCAACCAACAUUCGAUGAGGCAAAUAUAUGGCAAAAGACAGCGUUGACUCAGAAUCGUGUACGAUUUAUUGACGAGACCAAAAGAAGAUUUCGUCAUUGUUUUAUUAAUUUAACAAAAGAGUUUGUCGAUCGUUCGAUUGACAUAAAUCACAUGAUAAUGAAACAAUACGGUUAUACAGCAUUAAAUUCUACUUCUCAACCUAUUGACGAUCGAUUACGUGAAAAUUUAUCAUUUGAAUUGGAGACAUAUGUUGUAAAAACAUCAAAUACGUUCGCAAGAUAUUUAUAUGAUGAAUAUGUAAGUCAACUAGAAAUUAUUUUCAAUAAAAUCGGUCCUGAAGAAAACGAUGAUCUUUAUCAUACACAACUUUUGUCCUAUGAUAUUUGUAAAUGUGAAGUACGCGCUAUUGUACUACGUCUUUGUCGUCCAAUUAUAACGGCAACAUUAAGAUUUUCACACUCAGAUCAAAGGUGUAGACAGGCUGCUAUUAAUGAACUUAUACUUAUUGCACCAACUAUUGCAUGCCAACUAUGUGACAAUGAAAAUGACAAUAGUCAGAGUGUACUAUCAAAUAUUACAAAAUGGACACCAACAUUAAAGAAAGGUAUCGAAUUUGCAUUAGGAAUUUAUGGCAAAACUGGUAUUCAAAAUAAAAUUACAGCAGAAAUUUUUAAAGCCAUUAUCAAGCGAGUCCCUUGAUUCUAUACACAUAAACUUACUUUAUUCAAAAUCAAGAAUUUUAUAAUUAAAUAAACUUUAAAUCGUUUUCAUGCAGAAAUUCGAGACAUCGGUAAUAGUCAUGUAUUUUUUACAGUUAACUGCUUAUUUAAUAAACUUGCAUUCGUUUAACUCGUUCGCCUAUUAAAUGCUUAUCUUGAAAUCUGAUUUUUGUUCCAAGAGUGUUUACCAAAUCACUACUGUAAAAAUAGACACCUGAACCUUUGAAAAUUUCAAAUUUCGAUUUGAUUUUACUAAUCGAUAGAUCCAUGAUUGAAAAGUUUUUCGCACAAAUAUAUGAGCUUUCGAAUGAGUCUAUGAGAAAUCAUGAACGAAAUAUAGUGGGUGUGGGUGUGAGUGUCGGUGGGUGGGUGUGGGUGUGGGUGUGGGGGUGUGGGGGUGGGUGGGGGUGGGGGUGAGGGUGGGGGGGGGGGGGGGGGG